CAUGGGAGAUAACUCUCAUUAACACUGAACUUAAAAAUGGCGGACACAAGCGAAGCUUUGCAGUGGAAUGUUGAAAUGGAAGUCAGUUUAUUCCAUGCCAUGCGUGGCCAUAAACCAGUUGGCGUAAAUCGCCAUUUUCAGAUGAUCUACAUCCAUAGUAAGAUGAAUGAAUCGUCAACGAAGAAGAUUUCUUCCGACCAGAUAUGGAAACAGUUAUCAACAUUAUAUCAACUCCAGGCACUUAAUGAAUCAGAAAUUUUACCUUUUCCCAACAAAGAAACAGAUUUUAUACUUCCAGACAGCGACUAUAAAGAUCUGAAACAGAAGUUUGAGUCUCCACGUUUGUCGCUGGUUGAAAGUUCGGAUAUACGAGAUCAUAAAGAUCAUCACAAAGAUCACAAAGAUGUCAAACAUGAAAAAACAGAUAAAAUGGCUGAAGUUCACAGUAAAGGUGGUAAAUCAGGCAGUCACAAAAUGGAGAACAAGGGGACUCCCACAGUACAAUCCAGCAAGGAAGGGAAAGGAUCCCAUUCACAUCAUAAUAAAAGUGACUCAAAAUCACAUCUGACUCCUCAGAGCACGAAAGAUAAAUUAAAAGAACAUUUACAUUCUAGUCAUGCGGGUCCCAAGAGAAAAAGAACAAGACAUUCUGCGACUCCUAAUGAUACACCACCUAUUAAACGAAGAAGAUAAUUAAAAUUUUUAUUCGUAAUUCUUUGAAAUAAUGUGGCUCUCUCACCACCAUCUUUAAAUUGUCUGAUAACCUUGACCGGGUUGAAUUAUUGGAAGAUUAUCAACAUUUGGAUGUUUGAUAACUUUAACUGGGCUAGACUAUUGGAUUGUUAUCAGAAUUUUGUGGUCAGGUUUACGUUAGGUUAUGUUUUGAAAUAUGUAUAGUGUAGGAGGACUGUACCAGACAAACCUGCGGACACAAGUUAUUGCAAGAAAUAAUCAAUAAAGGUAUAGAAUAUCAGACGAAGUGAAUAGUCGACAGGGAUGUGUAUUAUGUAGGGGUUCUUUAACAUUAGGGGGCCUUGAAGCAACAUCUAAUGGUAGAGGGCAUUCUGCGCACAGAGAUCCAUCUACUUCAUACUUCAAGAAUAGAUCUCUUCCCUAAAUGGUCGCCAUAUUAAAAAAAUAGUAUACAUAUCCUGUUUUGUAAUGCGUUUCUACUCCAUUUCACAUCUGUCAUACACACAAAGACUAAAUAAACUUUUUCAAUUUUAUUAAAUUGAAGCAGAAUAACUACUUUACAAAAUUCUCGAAGUAUACUUAGUGUUUUCGACUGAAAUCGUCGAUUUAGGACUUAAAAUGUUGGUUCACUAGCUUAGUGUCUGUAGACAGGCAGCCUAAGUUUAGUAUGGGGAUAGGGGAGAACAAAUCUAUGUAUUUUGUUGGUAGGGUGGUCUAUAAACCCCUCCCCCAUAUUCCCCCUCCCCAUCCCCCUAACUGGUGAUUUUAAGUAGAAAACCCAUCAUAUUGUCCCAUAGAAAGUGAUAUAAGGAUGUGAGGAUUUUUCACAUAAGGCCAUAUAGAAAAAAUAUUCUGAUUCUCAUAUAAUCCUGCGUCACUUCAAAAGAGCCACAUGUCCGUUUUUAUUUCAAAAAAUAAAAAAAUGGGCUAAUUAAUUAUCACAUGUAAAUAUUUUAUCCUGGUUACAGGAAGUGAGUCUAUAAACAUAUUUGAAUGAAUUGAUAGGCUCAUUUAACAAGUACACAAUCCUGAUAAAUGUUAUUGACAAUCACAAAUGAUACUGGAUAAUCAUACAUUCCUACAAACAACAAUUGGAUGAUUAUAGAAGUCAUUUAACCAAGUAGUGAUCCUUUGACAAAAUAAAAAUCUCCCUCCUGCAUCAGAUUUUUAGUAAGGAUUGUCUGAGAACAAGAAUAUUUUUUUGGUUUGGCCUAAUCAUAUGUAAAUACCAUACAUGUAGAUCACCAUUUUGUAUUUCAUCAUUUCAUUCAUAUUUAAAUAUUCAUCAUCCCUUUGUCCACUGUAAUUCAUGUAAAAAUUAAAAAUAGUUAAAAUGCU